ACCAGCUCCGGAAAGACAAGGACAGUGACGGUUCCACAAAGAACCAUCGUCGCCUAGAUGGCCUGGUUCAGGUUCUUCCUCUUGCAUCAUCAUAGCUGUCUAUUCUCAAGGAAUCCAGCCCGAGGUGCUUGGAUAUGCAUUCUCCCUCAUGGGGGAACAUCCCCGGGUUGAGUGGAAUAGAUCCCUAGACUCCAUGGAACAUGCAGUAUGUAAGGGUUCUAUGGAAUGCAUAAACCACAUGGAACCAGGAGUAUCAUGGAUUGACUACUGACUCAACACUCUAUGCGCGCGCUUAAUGAAGCCGAUUAAACCGGUCUGGAUAUGUCUACUUUGAGGCUAUUUAAGGUGGAAUAAUUCCCUUCUUUGCUUCUGUUCCCCUGUACUCUUCACGCGCUAGCCCUAAUAUUCGAAACUGGAGUCCCGAUACGUGGUCCGUGGCGCUUGGUCUGACCGAUAUGUUGGAUUGAGCACCAAGCACAAGCCGCACGCCCGCUGCAAAUAUUGGUAUCAACAUGCCAUUACUUUAUGGCAAAAUGGAGGUGGCAUUGACUCGACCGCAGGAGGGGGUGGUGAAGGUCUGGGAUCUGCUAUGAGGGAUUAGGGCUUGCUCUGCUCCCUUGUUCACCCAGUUCUUCAAAGAUGGGAAUCGAACCGUCGCAACAAUACUGAGAGAUACAGAUCUUACGAUGGGGAACUUGGGGAGAGAAUGCAGCGGCAAGUGGCUAUGUGUCGGUACACUUCACGCAUUUUCAAGGCAACAAAGCCUGGACGCUGUGGCUCUGUUCUACGCCGUCUAAAGCGGGGAAAUAAAGCUUGUGUGCAUGUUCACAGCCAGGCAUGAUGUCCUGCCCAGGCAAUUUCAAGGACUACACGGGACAGACUCCGCCAUGCUAUGUGUCAUACAUGGAUGGACCCCCAGAUUUGGCGUACUUAGUGAAGCAGCACAAGACUCAUCCAGAUCGUCAGACCGGCGUUUACCACCAUGUCACCGGAAUCGACGCCUCCUCUUCUGCCAGUUUGGCUGCUUAUGUGAAUACCCUUACGUACUCUCCUCUGGACAAAACACAUAAAGUGGUUUCUGGGAUUUACUGUUGCUACAAUGCCUCUUCCCACCUCGAUAUGCGCGUUGAAGUCAAGAUUCCCGGUAGUUUAGAGAGCUCCUGCAUGGAUGAGCGUGGGGAUAAGCGCGUUGCUACUGAUGCGCUGUGGCUGGAGACAUUCCUAUGUGCGAUUCUGAGAGCCUACUGGUAUGCGGAUGAUGGGAGUGGUGAUGCCAUCAGGAAGAUCGUUGGGGUCCGUCGAUUCAAUCCCAUCACAAAUACGGAGAUGGAACACAAAUUCCUGGAUGCAGCUGAAAGGCUUUUCUUUAUGGGCAGGCAGCUCAGUUCCGAUCCAGUCACGCAAGUUCCCAACACCGUCAGCAACCAUCUAACGUCGGGUUUGUUGAAGUAUAUCCACACUACCGGUCGGUAUACGUCGGGAAUCAAUCUUUUCGAAAAGCUCCGUACACGAGAUGUCGAGGUUUCGUCGCUACUGGCGAGGGUGCUGGUAAUGGCGGAUGAGGAAGUACAGGCCGUUCGAUUGAUGUUUGAUGCCUUGCAAGAUGUGCCUAUGGAUUAUGCUUUACUCGAUUGCCAAGCGGCUUUCUGCCAAAGCAAGGGAGAAGGGCAGCUGGCUUUAGAGUGUGCCCAGCGGGGCAGUGUCUUAAAGGGAUGCACACUACUGCCGUGGGCAGUUUGGCUCUGACGGAGACCGAGCGACAGGGCUAGGCUGCUUGGGAACGGACACGUACAGCCAGGCGCGGUGAAAUAGACCAAAUUAAUCAGUCUUGCGGAGAUAUAAAAGCAGAUUGAUUCCCCCUUAAUAGCAAGCUUCACGGUUGCAACUAAACGAAACAC